AUGUGUAAGUCUGCCAAAAUGGUUUCAAACAGCACACGGGUGAUUCAAGUCACCAAUAUAGCGCCACAAGCUACUAAAGAUCAGAUGCAAACUUUGUUUGGCUACUUAGGGAAGAUCGAUGACAUACGGCUGUAUCCAACAAUAAGAGAUGUGUCGUGUCCAGUGCAAUCGCGAAUAUGUUACGUCAAAUAUUACGAUGCGACAACCGUGAACGUUGCUCAGCACAUGACCAACACUGUGUUCAUCGACAGGGCUCUGAUCGUCAUACCCUUGCCAUCAGGGGAAAUUCCAGACGAACAUAAAGCUUUAGAAAUGUCAAGUAAUGGUACACUUGUGCCUGGCUUGAAUACUGUAGAACCUCGCCUACCAGCACAUGUAGUAAAUUCUCUGGAAGGAGUACCACCAAAUCAAGUAAUACAAACUUAUGAUCCAAAAAUUGCUGAAGCAGGUUUGCCACCUUAUCCUCCUAUACCGGCUCUUUAUGAUUCUAGAAGGAUUGAAGAGAUACGGAGAACAAUUAUGGUAGCAUUUGUAGGGGAGUUAACUAGUCAGCAGUUAAUUGACUAUUUCGGUCAGGCGGGAGAAGUUUCUUACCUGCGUUUCUGCGAAAGAGAAAAUGAUCCAACUAAGUUUGCAUUGAUUGAACUGGCUGAGCAAGAGAGUAUAAUAAAAGCAUUACAAUAUAAUGAUACUACAGUAGAAGGUCAGAUGAUAAAGGUUCAUCAUUCAACACAAGCUAUUUGUAAACCUCAAACAAAGAGCAAUGAAGCAGCGCAACGGGAGAUAGAGGAAGCCAUGUGCAGAGUUAAGGAAGCUCAGAAUUUUAUUUCAGCAGCCAUUGAUCCAGUCAUAGGAUUACUGUCUAAGGAUAAAAGAAGGACUCGGUCUCGUUCUCGAUCCCGCCGCCGUUCCCGGUCCCGGUCCCGGAGAUCCCGGUCUCGACACCGCGGGAAGAGGUCUCGCUCGCGAUCCAGACAUCGUUCCCGCCGAUCGCGAUCCAGAAAUAAGCAUCGUUCUAGGUCUCGUUCUCAUCGUCGUAGUUCCAGACGCUCACGAUCGCGGUCGCGGCAUCGCAGCUCUAAAUCGAAACGUGAUCGUUCUCGUGAACGUGACCGUGAUCGCAAAGACAAGAAAGAUUCUGACAAAGAUAAGGAAAAGCGGGAAGAAUCUAAAUCAAUACCAAAGGAAGAGUCAAAAGAACCAGAGACAAAGGUUGUAACCAUUGAGCCUGAAACUAACGGAACUUCCGAAUCCAAAUCAAAGGCUUCUACGCCGGUCGAAGAGAAAACUAAGCCGGAACCGGAACCAGAUAAAAAAGUUAAAGAGAGGUCUCCUUCAAAAAAGAGGGAAAGAUCUCGAUCCAGAGAUAGAAAACGUGAACGUUCCCGUUCAAAGCGACGGUCUCGUUCGAAGUCUCGAAGAAAGCGCUCCAGAUCCCGCAGGAGAUCACGAUCCAAAGAUAAAAAGAGAUCGCGCUCGAGAGAUCGGAAAAGGUCUAGGUCGCGUAAACGAUCCCGAUCUAGGGAUAGGAAAAGGACUCGAUCCAGAGAUAGGAAGAGAACUAGGUCCAGAGAUCGAAAAAAAUCUAAGUCCAGGGAUAGGAAACGCUCGAUUUCUCGGAGUUGUCGAUCUAAGAGUCGCUCAGUCAGAGACUCGAAGACAUCGCACGACAGAAAAUCUAGAGAUAAGACUCCCAAUCUUACCCCGGUGAUUGAGGAGACGAAUGCUUCCAUGGCCGAACGGUCGCCAGAUUUAGGGGAUGAAAAGAAUUCACCAGAUAACAUGGACAUUUCCAAUUCGCCUUAG